AUGAUUUGUGAGGCUUUUAAAACUUGCCUUAAUAAAUCGCAGUCCCUCACAGGUCGAAGAUUGCAGGUUUCGAACUCUGACCUUCGUCUCUCACUUACAGAGAAUCACCUCUCUCACCCUAGUCUCGACCGGAGAGCCCAACCACGUGUUGGUGUCGCAGUAGUAGUCGACCUCGACGGAACCGGCGGUCGCAACCGUGUGGGAUGGUCGCCGUCGGCAAGAAGCGGCAAUAGGGCUGCGUCGGUGCCAGUUGCCCACUACCGCCCCACGGCCAUAAGGCUUCCCCCUGCGGGGGCUGGCUUCUGUGCGCAGGUGACGCUCUCUCGCUUGCUUGAGACAAUGGAACGAGGUGGUCUGGGUCUCUCUCUCACGCGGCUGCGCUUUCGACAUUACAAUGUAUGCGCAAUGUGGUUUAAAUUAUCACGUGCUUUUACGUUAGUAGAGCAGAGGUCGAAUUUGCCUGUGAAGUCAUACAAAGAUUGUCGACUUCAGGGGGAAAUACCUGCAGUUUGUCGUCAGGUUAAUCUGGUGGCGAUCGUCGGACGAGAUCAAGUCGGUUUUACAUUGGAUCCAUCACCUGGAACCUGCAGUAAUCAACAUGGUGAUGGGUGGAAGGCCUACAGAAUUGCCAAGCUGUGUGCAGAUGCCAAAAUUUCCAAACUUGUUGCUUUGAGUCUUCAAGAUCCAACCCUAGGUGGCUUGCUGCCAGCACUGAAGGAGUAUGAGCCUGGACAAUGCAUCAGCAGAACUGAAGAAGGUCCGAUCCGGAUUCCAAGUCGGUUCACCCCAUCGCCUUACUUAGUCGCCAAGCUUCGGCUGUACGAGAAUAGACACAGGAAGUGCGCACCGAAGGCUGUGAAACUGAGCAAGAACGGCACCAAUUCACGUAAGGAGCUUGGAGAUUGCCAGUUUGUGAUAUGGAUUGGUAAUAGUGGGCUUGGCAACCGAAUGAUUACUAUCCUCUCUGCUUUCGUGUAUGCACUUCUUACAGAUCGCGUGCUUCUGCUGGACAACACCUCAACAGAUAUUGAUGGUUUGUUUUGUGAGCCAUUCCCUGGAACCUCAUGGCUCUUGCCUGAGAAUUAUGACUACAACUGGAUGAAUACAGUGACAUGGGAGAAUACCAACCGGCUUGGACGCCUUCUUCAAAUGAGUGGUUUCGGAAAUAUCACAAUACCGUCUCCUGUGCCAAACGAUUACAUCUUCCUGAACCUCAUGCACGAUUAUGACGAACACGACAGACGGUUCUUCUGCAGCAGGAUACAAAAGCAGCUGAAAAAGGUUUCACUUCUUUACUGGAGGUCCAACAACUAUGUUGUGCCGGGCCUCCACUUCGAUCAUUCCUUUCACUGUAAGCUGGACCUCAUGUUUCCAGAGAGAGCUACUGCUUUUCAUCAUAUGGCACGGUAUUUAUUCCGGCCGUCGAAUUCCAUGUGGGGGAUGAUUUUGAGAUUCCGGCAGCCGUACCUUGAUGGGGCACGUCGACAAGUCGGGCUUCAGGUUCGCAUUCUCGAAUCGAAUGUAACCAUCCCUAUCGUUGCAGAUCAGCUCCUAGCCUGCGUCUUGGAGAAGGAGAUUCUGCCGAAAGGAUCAUCCAGUGCAGAAGACAUGCUCCUGAGCUCAAAAACACGCUCUACGUCCGUACUAGUAACAUCGCUGGACUCGGCUUACUACGAAACUCUGCGAAAUUAUUAUUUGGAACAUCCUGUCGAGGGAACGGACUACAUCGGGGUUUACAGCCCUAGCGAAGAACUGUAUCAGCAAUAUGGAUCCGACCAUGAUAAGAAAGCAUGGGCAGACAUGUACCUCCUGUCUCUGAGCAACACUCUAGUGACGAGCCCUCGGUCCACUUUCGGCUAUGUUGCACAAGCCCUUGCUGGAGUCAUUCCCUGGUUUUUGACCAAGAUAGAUUCCUUGGAAACAGCCAACGAAACGUUCCAAGCCCAUGGACCGUGCAAUCGGGGCGUUUCCUUAGAACCCUGUUUCCAUGCCCCUCCAGCGUUGGACUGUGAGGGCUACGGCAACGGCCUUAAUUCCAGCAAUAUUUUCUCCUUCAUCAAACCAUGCGAGGAUGUCAUCGGUGGCAUCAAAAUCAUGCCGAGUUAUGCAAACGACAUUACUGCUGAAGGAAAGACAGAAUCGCGGUCUGAGAGAAAGACCUAGCUUGCCAGCACUGAACCCUAAUCACCAUAAUCUUUUCCAUGUUUUCUUGGGCGAUUCCGCCGGUCUGUCGGCAUCGAUCCUCACUGGACAUGGCUGUGAAAGUGGAUUGCGGUACUGACAAGAAAUCCUCGCCACCAGCCCAUUCCAUUCGAGCCAUUCUCUUCCCCACAAGAUCAUUGAAAGCCUAAAUCUUGAGUUAACUUCAACACACUCGUCCACGCCUGAAUAUUUUUGUUUCCUGUUUUAAACUUUAGUGCUUGGACGGCUCGAAACCCAACACAAGCGGAGAGUUGAUUUGAGAUUACUUUUCUAGAGUUUCCAUGCUCGCGCUCGACUGUGGCGGAUGUGAGAGGAUCAUAUUGUCCUCGACAGGCUUAGGAUUCUUCCCACAACACUCUUACAGAGCAGUUCAACAACACACCUAGAGCCUAGAGUUACAAUUAAUCCUCACUUUGUACCAUUUAUAAACCAUGGAAGUACGUGCAGGAUUCCCUCAUAUUUUUCAGUUUUAA